AGCCCUUUCGCCCCCUUUUUCUGUCUUCAAAUGGAAAUGAUUUCCAUUGGCCCAAGGUGUCCAUGUAAAUAGGUGUAAAUGAAACCAGAUUAUGCCUUCCUCCCAGCCCCCGCCUCCCGUGGCAAUUGUCAUGUGAUAGCAAAGAGGUGGCACAUUAAUGGAGCGCCUCUACAGGGGUCUUUUCUGCUCAUGUCACUACAUAAAACUAUCAGAUGGUUAGAGGAAGGCCAUGGAGGCAUACGCUUAGCUAGUCUUAUCAAGGACGCCAAAUGAAGUCUAUUCAACUCUGCUAGCGGGACAAGCUGACUUACUUUGCGAGAAAGACUUACAGCAGCCGUCAUUCCAUAAAUGUGCACCGUCCUCUCCUGUGCUCGCCUGCACACUGCAGAGGCGCCCGAUCUCGCUGUUUUUACGCGCAGCGCAACUCCGGCUUUGCCCGCACUGAAACUUUACCCAGCGGUUGUUUUCAUGACGAGCAGUGAGCUUUCGCCAAGGAAUUAAAAGGAGACUACUUUUUUUUCCUUCUUUUUUUUUUUAAAAAAAUUGCUUUUCUGAAGAUAUCGAAGGAUGCCUCGUCCGGGGAGAAACACGUACAGCGACCAGAAGCCACCUUACUCUUACAUCUCCCUCACUGCCAUGGCGAUCCAGAGCUGCCCGGAGAAGAUGUUGCCUCUCAGUGAAAUUUACAAGUUCAUCAUGGAUAGAUUCCCUUAUUACAGGGAAAACACCCAGCGGUGGCAAAACUCUCUGCGGCACAACCUCUCCUUCAACGACUGCUUCAUCAAAAUCCCCCGGCGUCCAGACCAGCCAGGUAAGGGCAGCUUCUGGGCUCUGCACCCCAGCUGCGGGGACAUGUUUGAGAAUGGAAGCUUUCUGAGGCGCCGCAAAAGGUUCAAGGUGUUGGGGGCAUCCGACCACCUGGCUCCCAGUAAGCAGUCGGACGCUGCCCAUUAUCUCCAGCAGCAAGCCAAACUGAGACUGAGCGCCCUGGCAGCCACCGGCACGCACCUCCCCCAGAUGUCAACUUACAACCUCGGAGUGUCCCAGACGUCAACUUUCAAACACCCGUUCGCCAUCGAGAACAUCAUCGCCAGAGAGUACAAGGUCCCCGGAAGCCUGGCGUUCUCCACCAUGCAGUCCAUGUCCGCCGGGUACCCGCUCCACAACCAGCUGACGACAGCCUGGCCCCACAUGUACAACACCAGCGUGAUUGACACGGCGGCUCCCAUCUCCAUGGCGAGCAGCGACUACAGUGCCUAUGGCGUCCCCUUAAAGUCUCUGUGUCACGGGGGACAGUCCUUACCGGCCAUCCCCGUGCCAAUCAAACCCACCCCGACCUCCAUGGCCGGUUUCUCGGCGCUACCUCCCCACAUCCCCGCGUUUCUAUCAAACUCUCCGCAGUCUCUGAGCCCGACUUCCCCACAGACAGCGACGAGCCAAAGCAGCCCCGCGACCCCGAGCGAGACUCUGACGAGCCCCUCCACACUGCAGUCUGUGGCCGUGCACUGACCACCUGAACUUUUUUUUUGUUGUUUGUUUUUUCCCCCUUUCUUUCCCAGUAAACGAACUGCUGUCUGGCUCCCGGGCCCCGUCGCCAAAUCCCAAAGUUUAUAUUUUCUGCCGUCGGAAACUAUCAAGGCGAGUUGCAGAUGCAUAUCGAUUUAUUUGUGUAUGUGUUGAAUGUGUCGCUUUAACUCGUGUCAAGUCCAGCACAGAAUCGCACAGCGAAGUAUUGCUCUUGAAAAUAUAAAUUAUUUGAUAGUUCUAUUUUUCAUUUUUUAUCGUGAAGCGUUGAGUGCAGAAAGCGGAGCCACCGGUGAGGGGGGAUCCAGGGGGGCGGAUUUGUUUUGGCGGCACCAACUCUUGAUUUUUUUUUUUUUUUUUAAGUGCUUGCAAAUCCCGUGACAGUUUUUAUUUUCCAGUUUUUAUCAAACGGCAAAACUUUUGCACCGUUUCUGUGUGUGACCACUGUAAUGUCGGUGAAACUGCGAGGCAAUGGCUCCGUGUUUCUGUUUUGCGUUUAACACUGGAACGAUGGGUAAGGUAUACCAAAUAGGAAUAGGUUUGUUCAUCCAUCAUUGUACAAAAAAAAGAAGAAUGAAAAAGAAAGCAAAGCAAACUGAGCUAUAAAACCUUUUCAAAACUGAAAAGUAGUAUUGUGAGACGUCCUCCAAAAUGCAAGAUGUUAAUACUGCAGAAAUAACUGAUACUGAGAUGUUGUAAAAUGCACUUUUUAGUUUUAUGUUUUAGAUAUCUAUUUUCCAGAAAAUGUUCUGUGAAGCAUUUAAUUUAAAAGGCUGUGGUGACCAUGUGUAUCAGAUGCUGUAAAUUUGUACUUUUUUUUAAUUUUUUUUUUUUAGGUAAAGCAUGCAUUCUAAACAUUUGUGUUGUUACUGUUGUUGCUGUUGUUGUUAUUGUUGUUUUUGGUUUGUUUAUUAUUUUUUGCAAGCAUGCGUGCUUUCGAAAAGUGUGCAAACAGUCUGCAAUGAAUUGGGAAAAAAAAGUCUGGUCAUCGAAAUAUUUUCUCAUUAAAAGUGAAGUAAACAAUCAAAA